AGUCGGCACUGCGAGAGCAGAGAUGGAGUUCCUGGGCGUAGACAUCCCCACAUCUGGCCUCAUUUUCCUCGCCCUCCUCUUCCUCCUGUACAAAUACUUCACUCGGACGUGGGGCACGUGGUCGAGCCAGGGGAUCCCCGAAGUGAAGCCCUGGUUUGUCGUCGGCAGCCGAUUCACCGUUUACAAAGACCAUCUGCAUUUGGUUGACUUGGAGCACCGCCGUCGCUAUGGGAGGACAUGGGGUGAAUACGAGGGCCGCCGGCCACUGCUUUUCACUACCGACACCGAGUUGGUGAAGCUGGUCACCGUCAAGGAGUUCUCCUUCUUCACUGACCGACGAGAUUUCGACCUCAAGCAGGAGAUCUUCCAAGAUUCUCUCGACCAGCUACAGGGAGAGAAAUGGAAAGCAGUACGAUCCCUCCUAGGCCCGGGAUUCACGGGAAACCGAAUGAAGACCACGGCCCCCAUGUUCCUGGAAUGCGCCAAGACCCUCACCGAGGUGCUGAAACAGGACGGGGCUGACGGCAAGAAAGGACUUCAUCUAUCCAGGUAUUACGGAGGUUUCGGAUUGGACGUAAUCGCAUCGUAUGGAUUUGGAGUGGAGAUUUCCUCAAUGAAAGAUGCUGACAACCCAUUUGUGAAAAAUGCUUUGCGCCUCCUCUCCAACGAAAAAGUCGACAACCCAAUGGUCCUACUUCCGCUGGCGUUUCCAAAGCUGUUCCAUUAUAUGGACUUCUUCCCGUCGGAGGCGAGUGACUUCUUCGUCAAGGUCAUCCGGGAGAUCGUCCAGGCUCGGAAGCAAAAACCGGAUGCUGGAACGAGGAAGGAUUUCCUCGACAUUAUCCUCCAGGCUCUCAAGCAGUUGGAGGAGAACGAGGACUACCGACGAUUGGGCAUAACGCAGAAGGUGCUGGAGGCACAACUGAUAGUGUUUUUUCUGGCCGGCUUUGACACGGUGAAGACCACCAUGAGCUUCACUUCCUAUUACCUCGCUCUCCACCCUGAGAUUCAAUCCAAGGUGAGAGAGGAGAUCCUGGAUGCAAUCAAGGCAACAGACGGAGAGAUCCGACACGACACCUUAUCCAAGUUGCCCCUUUUGGAUGCAUGCAUCGCCGAGUCACUUCGCCUUCAUCCCCCACUUAGUCGCCUCGAGAGGGUUACUAAACGUGACUUCCACUACAAGAACAUCGUCAUCCCCAAGGAUUCCCUGGUAAUGAUUCCUGUCUACGCGCUUCAUCGGGAAGAAGAAGAAUUCCCAGAGCCUGAAGUGUGGAAACCGGAGAGAUUCCUGGAGGAGAACAAGAAGCACGAUCCGUAUGCCUAUCUACCCUUUGGGAUCGGUCCUCGCAUGUGCAUCGGACAGAGGUUCGCACAGGAGAUGAUGCGCUAUGCAUUCGUCCACAUUCUGAAAGAGCUGGAGAUCGUGAAAACGGCUGACACCCCGGAAAAGGUGGAAUACCUCAAAGGCUUCCUCUUCCUCAUACAACCAACCAAUCUGGUUGUCGACCAUCUGCACUUGGUGGACUUGGAGCACCGCCGUCGCUAUGGGAGAACUUGGGGAGAAUACGAGGGCCGACGCCCUGUGCUGAAGUGGUGGCUGCGGCUUAACCACUUUGACCAGUGGCAGUUCCUCAAGAGGAAGAAGUCGCUGGCUGCCCUAGAGCUAGAGUUUGGCGAAAAAUGGAAGGCAGUACGAUCCCUAUUAGGCCCGGGAUUCACGGGAGGUCGAAUGAAGACCACCGCCCCAAUGUUCCUGGAAUGCGCCAAGACCCUCACCGAGAUUCUCAAACGGGAUGGGGCUGACGGCAAGAAAGGACUUAAGCUUUCCAGAUAUUACGGUGGGUUCGGAAUGGACAUAAUCGCGUCGUAUGGAUUUGGUGUGGAGAUUUCCUCUAUGAAAGAUGCUGACAACCCAUUUGUGAAAAGUGCCCUCAAGCUUUUUUCCAAUGAAAAAGUUGAUAACCCGAUGGUUUUACUCAUGCUGUCGUUUCCGAAGCUGAUGCAUUACAUGGACUUAUUCCCGCCUGAGGCGAGUGACUUCUUCGUCAAGAUAGUCCGUGAGAUCGUCGAGGCUCGGAAGCAAAAUCCGCAUGCUGGAACGAGGAAUGAUUUCCUCGACAUCAUCCUCCAGGCUCUCAAGGAGUUGGAGGAGAACGAAGACUACCAGCGGAUGGGCAUAACACAGAAGGUGCUGGAGGCACAACUGAUGGUGUUUUUUCUGGCCGGCUUCGACACGGUGAAGACCACCAUGAGCUUCACUUCCUAUUACCUCGCUCUCCACCCCGAGAUUCAAUCCAAGGUGAGGGAGGAGAUCCUGGAUGCUAUCAAGGCAACGGACGGAGAGAUCCGACACGACACUCUAUCCAAGUUGCCUCUCUUGGAUGCAUGCAUCGCCGAGUCACUUCGCCUUCAUCCCCCACUUAGUCGCCUCGAGAGGGUUACUAAACGUGACUUCCACUACAAGAACAUCGUCAUCCCCAAGGACUCCAUGGUGUUGAUUCCUCUCCAUGCACUUCAUCGGGAAGAAGAAGAAUUCCCAGAGCCUGAAGAGUGGAAACCGGAAAGAUUCCUGGAGGAGAACAAGACGCACGAUCCGUAUACCUAUCUACCCUUUGGAGUCGGUCCCCGUAUGUGCAUCGGACAGAGGUUCGCACAAGAAAUGAUCCGCUAUGGAUUCGUCCACAUUCUGAGAGAGCUGGAGAUCGUGAGAACGGCAGACACCCCGGAAAAGGUGGAAUACCUCAAAGGCUUCCUCUUUCUAAUACAACCGACCAACCUGGUGGUCGGUUUUCGACCUCUUCAUUGAUUUUCCCUUCUGCCGUCAUCAACGCUUCCUUUUCCCCUGUGUAACCCAAUGAACUGUUCUUUGGGUCAUCUUCCUUUCUCGUGUUCUCAAAAUUCCCCUCAUGAUUUUGAGCCUCAUCCUGUCAAACUAUUAAUCCUACGCAUCAAGCUCAACUUAGAAGAGUCGGGAACCUUGGCUAAAAGUAUCGCAAUAGCGUAGAGGUCACAGACCGCAAUGGAAGUAUAAAUGCCAACGCAUUAUUUCCCUACGAGGUCUUCCAUAAGGUUUCUACUCCCCGAGAAGCUCCAAAACCCUGGAAUGGUGUCCAUCCGUUCCAAAUGUCACGUAAUCUCAUUUCUUAGUGGAGGCAACAGUAGGAAGAGGUUCAAUAUCUGGCUAUUUUCUCAUGCUUUAUGUAUUAAUUUAGUCUUCGGACCGGGACGCAAACCUGCUUUGGGGCCAAAUCCAAUAUAAUAAUAUUCUACAUCCCAACAUCUCCUUCCCUCGCUUUUCUUUAUAAUCGCAUGGGGGUUUUCUGGAACACAUUUAAUUUCUAGCUGGUAUCAUUUUGCGGAUGUAUAUGCUCGAAGACGUACUGUGCUGGGAGUUUUAAUCGGGAUGCCAUUUCAAGAUAAUCGCGCUGGAAUGAAUGGCUCUUCUCCGAACUAUGAAUGUUUAACAUUAGAAAUAGUCAAGCUUUAACAUUUCAAAAGAAUGCGAGCAUGGAUGAGGAGUUUCUGUUACAUAAAUUCAUCCAAGUAGAAUUGACACCUGAUAACCAAGUGUCAAUGUGGAUUCCUUUCAGAUGUCUCUAUUCUCCAGUGCUUUUCGACAAUAGGGCAACACUAAUUUUUUUUAGUGACCUGAAAGGCUGAACGGACAAUAAGGAGCUGAAUAUAUGAAUAAAUAUUCAAUAUAACUCAAGUUUUC